UAAUUAUUUCAACUUUUAUGAACGGAUUGAUGACGGUUCAAAGUGUGCAAUAUUUUCGCUUAAGACAAAGUUCGGGGGGCCUACAUCCUAGCUCUUCUGACGAUAAUCAUAUCACCUCCGGGCACUGGUUGCAGCAAAAACUUGACCAUUUCAAUACAUUGGACACGCGGACAUGGAAACAGCGAUAUUUUGUUAAUGAUAGCUUCUUCGAUUCUAAUGAAGCAGGACCAAUAUUUUUGAUGGUUGGAGGCGAAAGUGAAGCUAAUCCUCAAUGGAUGAUCAGAAGCACAUGGAUUAAUUAUGCUCAGAAAUUUAAAGCACUUUGCCUUAUGCUUGAACAUCGCUACUACGGGAAGAGUCAGCCAACACCUGAUUUGAGUGUGGAAAACCUGCAAUAUCUGUCAUCACAACAAGCACUCGCUGACAUCGCGUACUUCAUUGAAACAAUGAAUAAACAAUACCAGCUGAAUGACAGUAAGAAAGCAAGGAAGUGGGUGGCGUUUGGAGGAUCGUAUGCUGGUGCCUUGGCGGCCUGGCUGCGAGUCAAAUACCCUCAUCUGGUGUUCGCAUCCGUGUCUUCAAGUAGCCCUUUAUAUGCUAAAUUAGACUUUAGAGAAUAUUUUGUUGCUGUUGAACAAUCAUUAAAAGAAAAGACUUCGAGUGUUGAAUGUGGGAACAAAGUAAAGAUGGCUCAUGAACAGUUGGUUGCUCAAAUGAAGACAAAUCCGAGCGCUGUUGAAAAGGAUUUUAAGUCCUGCAGUCAGCCAUUCUCAACAAUGACCACAGAUGACGUAAAGGUUUUUUACAAUUCAGUUGCACAAAAUUUCGCUCAAAUUGUUCAGUACAAUGAAGUGAAUAGAUUGAACUUACAACCUGAAUUUCAAAAUGUCACCAUUAAUACUGUUUGCGAUAUGUUCACAAAGGCAGGUGAUGAACCAUAUGAAGCCCUCGUCAAGCUAAACGACUUAAUAAUUAGGAUGGGAAACGCAGAUUGCAUUGAUUACAAAUAUGACACAUUGAUAUCAGACCUUAGAAAUACGACGAUAACGGUGGACCUAGGUCGCCAGUGGACAUAUCAAACGUGUACAGAAUUUGGAUUCUAUCAAACAUCCAGUGACGUAGUGCCUUUGUUCGGUGACUACUUCCCGAUUGAUCUGUUUGUGAAACAAUGUCAGGAUAUUUUUGGAACCAUUUUGAACGAGACACUCAUGCGCUCUCGGAUCGAUUGGACAAAUACCAACUACGGUGGUCUAAAUAUAGAAGCAAGACGCAUAGUGUUCGUGCAUGGCUCAAUUGAUCCCUGGCAUGUGUUGGGCAUUACUGAAUCAAGACUCCCUGAAAUGCCUACAAUUUUUAUUAACGGUACAGCCCACUGCGCGAACAUGUACGAGAAACGUGAUGAGAACUCAAAAGAGUUAACUGAGUUUUAUAAAAUGUAUUAUCUCCAUUAUUGCGUGAUGGUUAUCUUGUUUGAUUCAUUUGAGUGCUGGAAACAUUUUCGUGUGAAACGUUUUUCAGGAGAACAUAAAGCAGUGAGUGCAGAUAUCGACCAGCAUGGUAUUGUACCUGCUAAGUGGUUUAUGCAAAAACUUGAUCAUUUCACCCCAACAGAUGAGCGAAUGUGGAAGCAGCGCUACUUUGUGGAUGACACCUUCUUCGAUUUCAAAAACGGGCCAAUAUUUUUGAGGGUUGGAGGAGAAUCAAAUGCUAACGCCCAAUGGAUGGUCAGUGGACCAUGGCACUAUAAUGCUCAGGAAUUUAAAGCACUUUGUAUCACAUUGGAACAUCGUUAUUAUGGAAAAAGUCAUCCAACAAAUGACUUGAGUGUGGAAAACCUGCAAUAUCUGUCAUCACAACAAGCACUCGCUGACGUCGCGUACUUCAUUGAAACAAUGAAUAAACAAUACCAGCUGAAUGACAGUAACAAAGCAAGGAGGUGGGUGGCGUUUGGAGGAUCGUAUGCUGGUGCCUUGGCGGCCUGGCUGCGAGUCAAAUACCCUCAUCUGGUGUUCGCAUCCGUGUCUUCAAGUAGUCCUUUACAUGCUAAAUUGGAUUUUAAGGAGUAUUAUGAAGGAUUCAGACAGGCAUUGCGGGCCAAAACGUCAAGCCUUGACUGUGAAAAUAAAAUAAAAGAGUCUCAUAAGGAACUGGUGGACAUGAUAAAGAAGAAUCCGAAAGCUGUUUGGGAGGAUUUCAUAUCCUGCGAACCAUACUCAAACCCGAGUACUGAUGAUUUGAAUCAAUUUUAUAACUAUAUUGCAUUCAACUUGGCCGGAAUAGUCCAGGACAAUGAAAUUAACAGACUAAGCAUCCCGAUUGAAUUUAGAAAUAUCACGAUCAACACGAUAUGUGACAUGUUUACCAAGUCCAACGAUAAGGCGUACGAUGCACUCGUCAAGGUUAUACGUUUGAUUGCUAGGAUGAGCAAUUGGGGUUGUUUAUAUUAUAAUUACAAAAUUAAUGAAAUGCAGUUGAAAAAUACUACGAUAGAGGAAGAUUUAGGUCGGCAAUGGACAUAUCAACAGUGUACAGAAUUUGGAUACUUCCAAACAUCGACGGCUGUAGCUGAUUUAUUUGGUGAUAAUUUUCCAGUUGACUACGAGAUCCGUACGUGUCAGGAUUUAUUUGGAACAAAGUUCGAUAAAAAAUUCAUCACCUCUUCAAUUGAUUGGACUAAUAACUACUACGGCGGUCUAAAUAUAAAAGCAAGACGCGUGCUCUUCGUGCAAGGUUCCAUUGAUCCCUGGCAUGUGAUGGGGAUUUACAAGUCUCAGUCGAAGGACAUGCCCGCAAUAUUUAUAAAUGGUACUUCUCAUUGCGCCGAUUUGUAUAACGAACGCGACGAAGAUUCUAAAGAGUUGGUCGCAGCACGUUUGAAAAUCAGAGAAUACUUAGAAACCUGGCUUGCACAGCCCUGGACUUAAAUGUUUUGUAACUAGUAACAGGUUCAAUGAAAUGAUCAUUAAAAGCAAUUCAUAAAUAAUUUAA